GAGAUAUGUCGUAGCAGCACUGCAACUGUUGAGAUCAGAGACCAACUGCCGCGGAGGAGGUUUCAAGGAAAGUUAACGCGAUUCUAGCGAGCUCUAUUUCAAUUUUGCAUCUUGGAUGUAUGAUCGCCGAUGCAAUGCGCUUCUGCCAUACUGGUGUGUCAAAUAGCCAUGAUUUGAUUGGCUAAUGUCACCCGGGGAACGUUCAUUCUAUGAUGACUUCAGCCGCCUCGUACCCGUCAUGAUAUCAUAUAUAAGCUCCCUCACUCCCAUAAAUUCUUUACUGUCUUCGCUGGCUACCCGUUCACCCAACUCACAAGAUGUCUAACAGCACUACCACAUCCGCGGUUGUCCUACCGAACAGAGAUGCCAUGUCUGGCAGCAACAAAUCGCAACCAGUGUGGUCACUGGAAUCCAACGGAACCUUGACUCCACCACUCAAUGAAAAAUGUGAUAGAGUUGGCCGCCAAGACGGUAUAUGUUGCAAGGAACUCAAGGACGAAGACGAUAGAACUCUGAUAGAUCCUGAUGUUAUCCGCGACAUCAUUAUUGGCUUGUCAGAUGGCCUGACCGUUCCAUUCGCGCUGACAGCUGGUCUGUCCGGCUUGGGGACAUCAAGAUUAGUCGUUGUCGGCGGCCUUGCAGAACUCAUUGCCGGCGCCAUAUCGAUGGGAAUAGGUGGCUUCCUUGCAUCCCAGGCUGAGCGGGACCAUUAUCUUUGCAUCGGGGAAAUGGAGAGAGAGGUAUACGCUGUUUUGGGUCCCGUCGGUGUCGAUGAAUCAGCCUCUCAGGCUGUCGCGAGUUGCCUGCGGAAAGCAGAGGAUGAGUCUGGGCUCGACGGAAGUACACCAGCACCUGCCGAUGAGGAGAAACCAUCGCGGGGGAUGAAAAGUGAACAUGGGCUAACGCCUUUCCUACUGAAAUUUGGAGAGGGAUUAGACUAUACAUCUCUCGCGUUUACCAUCGGGAUGGGAUACCUGUGUGGGGGUAUCAUCCCCCUUCUCCCAUAUUUCUUCAUUUCCAAAGCAAUCGAUGCACUGAAGAUUUCUUGCAUAAUUACUGGGAUAGUUCUUCUGAUAUUUGGUACGGUCAAAGCUCGAAUCACGGGGGCAGCGAGGAAUUUCUGGGGAUAUAUUUGGGGAGCAGUGAGUACGAUGGCUGUUGGCGGGUUCGCUGCCGCUGCAGCAUACGGGUUGGUGGUCGCAGUGGAAUCAUCGUCUAUAUCGUAGCGACGCUUGGUCGCGCCAGUCUUCGACUCCGCUGUUCCAGAUGAUUAUUUAGAUGAUUCAAAUGUGUAUCAACUUCGACAUGGUAGACUAUGUACCCUAGCUAGCAAAACGUGAUGUUUCAGGUGCUGAAUACAAAAAGAUUUU